CGUAAUAACACAUCUAUAAUCACUGCACUUUAAUGCAAUUGUUGCUCGUCCCCGUGAUACCGGUAACGAUUCUUCAAUCCUAAUUCAACGGAAUGCAUCGACUACCGAUGGAAAAUCUGCAGUCACAAUACAGAGUUUAACAACAAGAAACAUUUGCAGAUAAACUUCCACGAAGUGAUACAAUACGCAUUCAAUCUGGCGAACAUUCGCAUAAACUCAUCCGAACCUGUUGUAGUCUAUAAUCCGGAAUUCCUACACAAGCUGGCCAGGCUACUUGCAAACACAUCUCGGCGUGUAUUAGUGAACUACGUACAAUGGAACAUGGUGGACAAAUUCCUGCCGUAUACUACUCAAGAGAUGAGAGACAUCAAGUUCAACAUGUCGUUCUCGUCGUAUAACGUGUCCAAUUAUACACCACGGCAACGAAGAUGGUGAGAAAGAUAAAGGACGAGUUGAAAAUUCGCAUCGUACAGGCUCAUUGGCUUUCGAACAAUAUGAGAAUGAAACUGAUGCAGAAGCUGGAGAAUCUUGAGACGCAAAUUGGCUACCCAGAAUGGUACAGAGAUAACGAGGCUGUCAAUCGAUAUUACGAAAGGUUUCGGAUAGGUCCGGACUACUUCGAAAAUAUUCUAAACUGCGAGAGUAACGACUUAAUUAAAAAUCUGGAGGAGUUCAGACAGGUCGUCGUUAGAGAUCAGAAUACAAAUAGACAAAGAGGGCUACAAAAUCUCAUGGACAUCGGUGGACACGUCGCAAUACGAGGAACGAUCCAUGUGCUUUGUCGAUCAGUACGCUAAUUAUACUCUCGAUAUCACGAACGAGGAUGGAGACCACGUUAAGCUGGAUGGAUAUCUAACCGAGGAUGAAAAUAUAGCAGACUCAAUCGGCAUACAAAUUGCGCAUUCCGCGUAUAAAAAAGUAGCGAAACAGAAGAUUCAAAGUAAACUACCAGGUCUGGAACAUAUGUCCAACGACGAACUCUUUUUCUUAUCUUUCGCAAACUCCUGGUGUUCCUCGACCAGACCGGAAUACGAGGCGGAUGUGGUCAACACCGACGAGCACAGUCCUCCGAAAUAUCGCAUCAUUGGUUCCCUCUCCAAUUUGGCCGCGUUCUCGAAAACCUUCAAGUGUCCACGGAACAGUUCCAUGAAUCGACGACACAAGUGUACAUUGUGGAAUUAA